AUGUCUCUGGUCUCAUUUGCUUCAAGUAAGUCAAUUCCCUCUGACACUCGUUUAAACUCUAAUUUAAAGCAACUAUCUUCCUCUCUACCUCAACCCUCUUCUACCUAUACAAACUCUAAAACCAUAACAUCCACUUCAAAUCCAUCUGAACCUAAUAAUUCUAACCCACCACCCCCUCCCCUCCAACAAUUUAAUCUCACCACCACAACACUCCCCAUCUCUGAAGCUUUACUUCUAAAUGAACCCAUCUCACCUCCAUCUUCAACUCCCUCAUCUCCACCUUACUAUGACAUAUCCUCUGACUUUGACCAGCUAGAAACCACUGAUCUUCCAUCUCCAACACUAGCUCAACUCCAAGCCAACGUACUAUCUGAACAAAACCCAUCUGAGCCUGAAACCUCAAUACCUUCCCCAUCUGAACAUCCCACUGAGCAACAAUUUGAACCUCAAACAGUCUCACCAUCUGAACUUCCCAUUGAACCCACUUCUGAAUCCCCCAUGACACAAACCUCUGACCCUCCCACUGAAACCAACCCCACCUCACCAGAAACCAUCAAUCUAGCUUCUGACCCUGAACCAACCUUUCCCACCCUAGAAGAGUCCGUUGCUUUAUUGUUUGAGUCUUCAGUUGUGAAGCUCAGAUCACUGUCUAAGAAUUCCAAACUAAUCAGAAAUGACCACAUCAAAGAAGCUGAGGAGAGGCUAAAGGCUCGUCUGGCCAGAGAAUCUGAAGAGAAAGCUCGUCAGGAAGCUAACGAAAAGGCAAGACUGGAAGCUGAAGAGAGAGCAAGGAAAGAAGCAGAAGAAAAGAUUGCCGCUGAGGCUGCUUCUACUGAAGUUAAAGCUAAAGCCAAGGCUGACGCCGAAGAAGCAGCACGCAUUGCUGCGGAAGAAUCUGCCAAGGCAAAUGAAGUGGAUCUGACUCAAGGGGAGACAUCUAACUCUGGUCUUGCUCCAUUUGUGCUGAAGACUCUGGAGGAACUCCAGAAAGAACAACAAAUCCUACGAGCCAGAUUGGAUCAACAAGACUUUAUCAACCCAAGUAUUCAGAAUCUCUUGAAUUAUCCCUUAGGCACAUUAGGAUUUCUGCUCUAUUUUUCUCUUAUGUUAUUCUAA